AUGUCUGGACGCGGCAAGCAAGGAGGCAAGGCUCGUGCCAAGGCCAAGACUCGCUCUUCUCGUGCCGGGCUGCAGUUUCCUGUAGGCAGAGUGCAUCGUCUUCUGCGCAAGGGGAAUUACGCGGAGCGCGUCGGAGCCGGAGCGCCCGUCUACUUGGCUGCUGUGCUGGAGUACCUGACUGCUGAGAUCCUGGAGUUGGCCGGCAACGCUGCCCGGGAUAACAAGAAGACUAGGAUCAUCCCUCGCCACUUGCAGCUCGCCAUCCGCAACGACGAGGAGCUGAACAAGCUUCUGGGCAAAGUCACUAUCGCUCAAGGCGGAGUGUUGCCUAACAUCCAGGCUGUGCUCCUUCCCAAGAAAACCGAGAGCCAUAAAGCGAAGGCCAAGUAA